AUGUCGGCAGCAGAGGAGGUGGAGCUGCUGAGGAGGCAGCUGAGGGAGAAGGAAGACCAGGUCCACCAGGCUGCUCAGGCUGGACUGGACCUCCUGAAUCAGCAGGUGGAGCUGCAGAACCAGCUGGAUGAACAGAGAGUGGAGAUGACUAACGCUCUGGAGGCUCUGGAACAGGACAAGUACUCUCUGCAGAAGGAGGUGGAGCUGAAGACUCGCAUGUUGGCGUCGCUGCAGUCAGAUUACGACUGUGUGAAGAACCAGCAGGAACAGCAGCUUCAAGAACAGCAGGAACAUCUGGAGAGGAACCACAGCGCGGCGCUGAGUGAGCUGCACAACAAGGUGUUGAGGCUGCAGUCGGCUCUGGAUGAAUCUCAGCUGAAUGAAAAGCAGCUGAGGCACAAACUCGACGUCCAGACUGAGACGCUGAACAACAAGAUGGAGGAGCUGCGAGGUCUGAACGAACAGACCCAGAACUCCACGACGUCUGAGGUGGUGGAGGUCCAGAUGAAGGUCAUGGAGCUGGAGGACAUCAAGGUGCAGCUGGAGCAGACUCUGCAGGAGGCUCAGUACCGACAGCAGCAGCUGGAUCUGACCAACAGCAGCCUGCAGCGCCACCUACAGAGCGUCACUGAUGAGAAGGAGGAGCGAGAGAAAGAAGCUGUUUCCUGGUUUAAUGCUCUGGAGAAAUCUCGUGAGGUGAACCGAGACCUUCAGGUCCAGUUGGAUCAGGUUCUUCAGCAGGCCCAGGAUCCAAACAGCAAAGGGAACUCUCUGUUCGCUGAGCUGGAGGACAAGCGAGCAGCGAUGGAGCGACAGCUGAUCAGCGUGAAGGUUCAGCAUCAGUCGCUGCAGAAGAUCCAUGCCUUCAGCAAACAGCAGAUGCAGCGCAUGAAGGUCCAGAUCGCCACCCUGAUGCAGCUGCAGGGCUCCCGGGCCGACCCGGCCCAGCUGGAGAGGCUGCAGGCCAUGCUGUCCGAGAAGAACGGAGAGAUCCAGAGUCUGAUGACCAAACUGCAGAGACUGGAGAAGGUGGAGAUGCUGUUGAAGUCUCAGCCAGCUCAUCCUGCUGCAGAAGGUGGAGACACUCAGGAUGAAACCUACUACACCGACCUGCUGAAGAUGAAGCUCAGCAACACCGUUAAGGAAGCCGAGCGUUUAGGCGACGAGCUGUCCCUGCAGAGGAUGAAGUCUUUAUCAGAGAGUCAGAGAGCUCUGGAGCUGGAGAGGAAGCUGUUCACGUCUGAACGGCUGCUCAAACAGGCUCAGAGCGACAAGAUCAAGCUGCAGCUGCGAGUAGAAGAGCUGCAGCACAAGUACGAACCCAAAGAUGUAAAGAAGAAUCUGAUCCAGAAGAGGAAGAAGGAGAGACUCCCUGUUGACAUCACAUCCUCCGAGGAAACCGCAGGAAAGGACGAGCACGGCGUUGCUACGGCGACGGAGGCCACAAAGACUCUGCCUGUGGAACCUGAGACAGACACCUGUCCUUCAGGUGAGACCAAGACCUGUCCUUCAGAUGCUGAACCGCGACCUGCCAAGUGUGUGAAGAUCAGUGAGGAUGAACCAGCGUUGAUUCCAGACCCCAGUUCUCACUGGACCGCCUGCAGAGAGGAACACAUGGAGGAGAACCAGCAGCAGAACAACCGAGACGACAGGAGAAGGAAACCGAGACCAGUGGAGAUGAUCCACGUGGGUUCUAACAGCAGCCUGGAGAACCAGUGUGCUCAGCAAUAGACCAUACGAGUACCAGUGCUGCAGUACAUGCGUGUACCAGUACUACUGUGUGUACAGUGUGAUCCUCUGUCAGUGUUGCUGUUCUGAUGUUCUGCUCCUCCAGCUGUCAGCUUCUGUCUCGUCUCUGUUCUCCAUCAGCAGCAACACGCUGAUUAAAAUCUUCAGGCUUCAGCUGCUUUGUCCAGAAACAAAACGACCAAUGGCAGAAAUCCUCAGAGGUCCAAACCGUGUUGGUGGAGUCAGAAAGUGUAGUUUGAUCAAAAUAUCGUUGUUGCACAUGUCUGAUAAUCAGAACCGGUAAAAACACCAGAACAGUGCUCCUCCGAGGAACCGAAGCACCAAAAGCGUCUGUGGAACGUUUUCAGGUGUUUCCACAGAGAGACUGAGACGAGCGUGAAGCUGUGCUGCUGGUUCGUUUUGUCUUCUGUAACCUUUUCAAUAAAGUGUGUGUCCUGUUCAAAGGAAGGAAGAAGUUCCCUUCAAA